GAAACCCCCACAGAACUCCCCCUUCGUGCCGUUCGCCGCCUCCGCCGUCUGCUCCAUUCCACCGCUGCCCCUCGCCAGUCGCCAGUUCGCCACCCUCCCGAGUCCCGUCUCCCUCCCCGAAGGGGUGCGGACGCCCCACCCUUCCCGAUGGCCGCAUCUCUUGUCCACGCCGUAGCGGCCCCGCUCCCGAGCCCCGUCCAGCCCGCCCGCGCGGGCGCGGCGGCCUUCCACCCCCUCGCAUCCGCCCCGUCCCUACGCCUCGCGCGCUCCUCGUUCUCCGCCUCUCGACGCCGCCUCGAGGUUUCGCUCCGGGCGGUCUCGGCCGGUCACUGUCUCUCAGGGAGGGGCGCACUCCGGGGUCGCCGCGUCGUCGCUGCCCUCGCGGGGGAGGAAACCGAGGGCUCAGAGGUGGGGGAUGACAAGGAUAACAGCAACGGCGAGAUAAAGCCCGAGGAGGCCCAGGAAGCUUGGAAGGUAAUGCUGGAGCAGUUCAAGGCAGAGGCCCUGCGAAUGCAGGCCCUUUCAAUGCAGGCAUAUGAUGUCUACUCCAAGAGGACGAGGGAGGUGCUGUUGGAAGCCUCAGAGAAGCUGAAGAUCCAGGCAGACAAAGCCCAGAAGGACCUCAGCGUGAUGGCUACGGAGGUUCGCCAGGAGGGACAGGAAUAUCUAAUGAUGGCAGCUCAGAACUCCCCAGAUUCAAUCAAGGAUAUCACCGAGACAUUCAGGGCUCUUGGCAGUUUGAGUUGGCCAUCACAGUAUAAGGAUUAUCAUGUGGGCAUUCCCUUCGGUACCUUUCUUGCUGUAGGGGGUUCCCUCAACUUCAUGUUGACUGGAAGUACCUCUGCACUUCGUUUUGGUAUUGUUCUUGGCUUGGCAUUGCUGGCUCUGGGUAUCUCAAGUUUGAGAUUACAAAGAAAAGGUCGUCGGCCUCGUCUUCUAUUGAAAGGGCAAGCGGCAAUUGCUAUUGUUAUCUUCUUCAGGGAAUUGUUAGUUCUACUCCAGAUUGGCUGGUUCCCAAAUAUUUUUAUGGUUCUCCUCAGUGGGACAGUGGCAGCCUUUUACAUAUAUCGCAUUGCGACUGGUGGCCACAAAGAUCCAAGCAGGGAGAAUGAUACAGUGAACUAAUGGACUGAAUGAUCAGAUGAUUACUGCAACGUGGAUUUGGAAGAUUAUGGCCCUUUGCUUUCGAUUUCCUUCAGCUCAUCCAGGCAACCCCGUCUUCUCCCUAAUGCUUUGGGGUGUCUGUGUACGGUGACAUGGAUUCAGAAGAAUCGCCUGCUUACUCGUCCCUCGUGGUCACCGCUCCUUUGUUCCUUUACUCAUGUAAUAUAGACGAUAGCCUGGAACAACAAUAAGAAAUGGCCUCUAAAGGUCAUGAUGGUACCUGGUUGUUUAGUGUUUCUGCUGCAUGCAAAGUAGCUGUACUGUAACGCAUUCAAUAUUUAGUGAAAUCGGCUAAAAAUUUCAACAGCA